CGAGUGCAAUUGGCCGAGUGGUAGAGAGGAUGGCUGCCCUUGAGGAUGCGGCUGCACAAGUCCAUCCGUAUCUGGAUGGUAUCGAGCUGCUCAAGGGACCUGACAAAGGUACGGGGCAGGUCUCUGGCUGGAUCAGCACUCACGAAUGGUGUGCGCCUGCUUCCUCAGUGAGCAAGGCUCUGCGCGACACUGUGAACGCUGGAGAUGGGCUAUGGCAGACACAGGUGCGCCUGGACAGAGGGAUCUCUGCCACACGUUCUUCGUUUUUGUUCAUCCUGACGUGGUUUGGUGUAUGCAGUACCACCGUUCGUUCCGCUCCAGCACGAUCCGCAUGGUUCAAGGCGCCUCCCACUUUCCCCCUCCCGCCACCCACACCUCACGGUCCUCACCUGCACCCACCGGCCAGUCCGCGCACUCAAGGAGAUACACGCCGCUGCCCGACAACGACUACCGCACAGCCUACGAGCGGGCAAAUAAGGUGGCUACGAUGGGCUCUAGGGGCUGUGGGGUAAGCGCCCUGCAGUGGGGAAGGGCCACAUGCCAGUGGCGGCCGGAGAUGGCGCGCAGCAGACCAUGCCUCUUCAUGAUGGGGGAUUACCUCUAUGUGUUUGGUGAGAAAAAGAAGCACUGCCAGGCAGCGUCGCAUCCAUGUACGGAGGGAGGGCAUCGAAGGUGGCGUGUGUCCGUCAGGUGGCGUGAUUGCUGACGCCAACUACAAGACCGAUCUGUGGCGGCUGUCCAUCAAGUCGCUGUUGUCGAAGGGCAAGUACGACUGGCAGGAGUGCGCGGUCGACGGGACGCCUCCAGCCGCAUCCGACUCCAUGACCCUCACCUGCAUCCACAUCCCCUCCCCUGCCACGCCCACGUCCCUCUCAGAACCAGAGCUGCCGCAGAGAUACUUCGCAUGUGGCGGGCCGGCCUCUCCGAAUGACACCAGGCCCAAGGAGACGUUCUGGGGCGUCCUGGAGAUCAGAAAGGAGGCAAAGGAGGCAGCGGAGGGUGUGGUGAGGGGAGAGGGCGAGGGCGGGGAGGGGAGUGAGCAUCGGUACGAGUGGGUGACAAGGGAGCGGCUCAACUGCCAGCAGGUGGAGUGGAAGAUGCAGAGGAGGAGCCGGUCGCGGGUCAAUAUGUAUAUCGAUCCCUGGCCUUUAGACAGGUACGCAAUCUGGCGGUGAGAGAAUGCCCCUACGAACCGGGGCGGAUUGGAGGCAGUGCUUUCCUCUUUUCCUCCACUUGUACUUCUUCUUGGUCUUGAACGUACAACCACUGUGUCAGGAUGUAUUCUUCCUCCACGUUUGUGCCCAUUCGGUCGCCUGAGCACCCCCAUGGGUUCGUUCUCCUCUUCGGAGGGCGCGACUUGUCGUACAGGUAAGCAUUGGGGAAGCGGUGGUACAGACCGAUGGGCGGCUUGAGCGUCCAUGUGUGUGUGUGUGCGUAUCAGGGAGACGUCGAACGUGCACACGAUCGUAGACGUGGCGAAAUGGAUCUUCGAUGAGUAAAGGGAACUGGUUCUUGACUUGCAGGGAACUGGUUCUUGACUUGCAGGGUUCUUACCUUCCACCGUAGGUCGUUCCCCAACCCCGGUCCCCUCCCCCGCCUCAACCACACCGCCACACUCGUCAGAGACCGAUUCGUAUUCAUAAUCGGCGGAGAGGGUACGCAUUCAAGUGAGAGAGUGACUGGGAGAUCGAGUGAGUGAUUUGCAGUCAGCCGAUCUCUCUCUCUCUCUCUCUGUGUGUGUGUGUGUGUGUGUGUGCAGAGCGGGAGUAUGAGUCCGCGGGUGGCGACAACAUAGCCUGGUUCGACAACCAGAGUGGCUGGCUCAAAAACGUGGUCAUCUUCGACGGACUCAGCAAGAGGUCAAGGAGCGAACCACACAUAAGCACGGGACUUCAUGGACCUAUGGACGUAUGUGUCUCUCUCGGGCAUGGAUGCAGCUGGGUGGCCUUCGAGGACCUGCCGUGGGUGUGCAAGCCGAUGGCCAAGUUCAGCAUAUCGCACAGGGGCAGAGCGAAGCUCAAGGCGCACAAGGGGGGAGGAUUCAAGAUACGCAUGAGGACAGCACCGUCUGUGACCACACUGCGCAACAAGGACGCCAUCGUGCCCGCUGUAGACGGUCACUUCAGUAUGCAUGGAGCUGUCACGGACAAAGAUAUAAUAUCACUCGGUUGCCGCCCUGCCUCUAUCAGAUGACGUGUUUGGUGGUUUUCACGAGGAGUGGGACGACAAAGGGCAUCCCCUUGCUCGCGUCGGCUCCGACCUGGCCUUCGAGCGACACACCGCCGUACUCGCAGGUGCGUAGAGAUGCAGACAACAACCGAAGGCUUAUCCAUCAAUCACUUCCGGCUGUCUCUUUCUCUCCCUCCCUCUUAGGUGACAAGAUAGUGCUCAUGACCGGCUACUGUGAGCGCACGUCGUCGGGCGAGCGCCGCGGCGGCACCAGGACGGUGAUCUUCGACACGGUCACGGGCCGGUUCACCACCCCGUCCUUCGCCCCCCCACCCACACCACACACCCUCCCCUACCAGGGCCCCGCCACCAACGCCGCGGCCGCCGUGUGGACGGGGAGUGAGGUGAUAGUGUACGGCGGGGCAACCAUGCUGCACCCCAUGUACGACUUCCACUACCACCCGCCGGAUUCGUGCUGCCCAUCCGAGUCCAGCUGCAGUGACGACGAGAGCGAGACGGAGUCGUCCUUGUCGGACGGCUUCGGCUACAAGUACAAGUUUCCACACUACAGACCCAAGUACCGCAAAGGCGAAUUCGUGACGGACGACUUCUACGACGAUGAAUUUGAGGACUUCACCAGACACGGGCAGCCCAAGGACGCCACCAUCAGCGUGCUGGGGGUCAUCGAUGGCAAGACGGGACAGCAGCUCGUGCCUGUCGACAGACAACAGGAGGUCGGUACGAUUGCUCUUCAAACAUGUCGACGGAAAUGCCUCUUUGACGUGUGUGUCCUGUGUGUCAGGUGUCGUCUUUCAGCGAUCGCUACGCGACGGACAGCGCCUGGUGGCAGGAGUUCCACCUCGACGAUGCGGCGACCGAGGCACUCAUCGAUGAGAGGUGGGAGGCUUUCCGCGCACAGAGGAGGCAGGAGGCCCUGAUGGACAGGGAGACACGAGGCGAGCAGGAGGGGGAGGGGGAUAGCGACUCAGCAGAAGAGGAGUCUCAUGACAGGUGUGGAAACCAUGACUGAAUGGAUGGACACGCGCAUAGGCUAGUAUAGGUCAUUGCAUGGGUGUGGGUGUGUCUCCGUCUUUGUCCCGUGGUGUGGUGCAGCAAGGUGUUUGGUCAGGAGAGGAGACCCACACGCUUUCAACUUAUCACCAAGUUCUACCCACGAAUCGGGUACAUACGCGAGACACUAUGGACGCCUCCCGCACCACGUGCUGCGUGCCUUCUUCAGGACGGUCCGCAGCGAUUACGUCUUGUCGUCCCGUGGUGCGUUGCCUGUCUCUGUGCCGGCCCCCGACAAGAGCAGCAGCGGCAGCAGCAGCGACACGAACAAGAAGGUGAGCAAGAUGCAGCCAAAGGGAGGCAGUAGUGGCAGUGACGAUUGCGAUAUCGAUGCCAAUGGCGACGGCGGUGGGGGGUGUCAUUAUUGGGGAGGGGAGGAGGGGGGUAUUGCGUGCUGGCUGUGGGAUGGUGGAGAGGGCAUGAAGUAGACACCAGCUCAACUCUCGAUGGGUUGCACUCAUGGGCGGUACGAGUGUGAGUGUUUGUGCUACAAAACGGCAGCGCGUUCAUGGGGAUAUUGCUCGAUCACAGGUCAAAUUCAUGCAGACAUGUACAUACACUGACAUCAGUGGCGCAC